AUGGCGCGAUGGUUCAUAGUUGGUUUUUUGCCUAUUUUAUUAUAUUUUUUGAUUCCUGUUAUUAUCUAUUUUUUUCCAUGGUGUUUACAGCAUAUAUUUUUCCUCAAUUAUGUGAAAAUACCGUUUCAAAAUUUUACAAAUUUAACACAUUAUGGUAUUAGUUCAUUGGGAAGGAAUUUUUAUUUGCGUGGAAAAAGUGGCUUACGAUUGGGAUGUUGGCACAUAUUACCAUCAGAGAUAUCGGUAAACUAUCGUGAUUCAGUGUUAAAUGCUAGAGAAAUAGAACUGCUGAUGGAAGCAUCAGAUAAUCCAGUAAUUGUCUAUUUGCAUGGCAAUUCCUUUGACCGAUCACAAUCAUCUCGCUGUGGAUUGUAUAAUUUAUUGGCUAGUAUGGGUUUCCAUGUGUUAGCUUUGGAUUAUCGCGGAUAUGGCGACUCGAAUGGUUCACCAAGUGAAAAUGGCUUGAUUGAGGAUGCGAAAGAGAUAUUUCGCUAUGCAAGAAGUCAUUCCAACUCAAGUAACAUAUAUUUAUGGGGACAUUCAAUAGGAACAGCAAUUGCUACAGCAGCUGCGAUGGAGUUUAGUGAAAAAGGUUCGCCACCAACUGGUUUGAUUCUGGAAUCACCAUUUAACAAUCUUAACGAUGUUGUUACCCAUCAUCCGUAUGCGACACCAUUUCGUUGGUUGCCAUGGUUUAAUAAAAUGGUAUUAGAAUCAUUAAAAAGAUCUGGUUUGGAUAUGAGCACUGAUUAUCGCAUCACAAAGGUAGAUUGUCCAGUAUUAAUAUUGCAUGCAGAGGAUGACCAUAUUAUUCCACUGCAGUUGGCUCGUAAACUGCGUGACAGUGCGCUGGCUGCCAAGCAUGAUGUUACGCUCAAGGAAUUCGAUGCAAGCCGCAAGUUUUGUCACAAGUUCAUCUAUCUAGCUGAUGAACUACCUAGAAUUCUGACGCGAUUUACAGAGAAAUGUACUUUAAAAGCGAAGAAAGAGUAG